AUGUCAUUUAUGUCCGAGAAAGUACCCAGCUUGUGCUCUCGGCGCUUCUCAGACUGGACGCGCGUAGUCAGAGUACGGGCUUGGGCAAUUCGCUUCAUCACCAACUGCCGUGGAGGUGAGGAGUUGAGCGGAGAGCUAACCGGCGAGGAGAUGGACGCUGCCAGCCUUUCCAUCAUCAAAGAGGCACAGCACGAGGCAUUCGCGGAGGAUCUGAAGCUAGUGAAGAAUGGUCAACCACUUCCGCUGAAGUCACGUUUGGCGAGGUUAUCGCCUCGACUGGACGACGACGGACUAUUGCGCUGCGAUGGUCGCACCAAGCUGGCUGACUGGUUGCCGUUUGAUGUGCGCUUCCCGAUUCUUCUCCCCCGGAAACAUCCGACCACCCGGCUUAUUGUCAAAGAUUGCCAUGAGCAACGUCAUCAUGGCGGGACGAAUGAAACGUUGGCAGCUCUCUCUGAUCACUAUCUUGUCGAAGCAGCACGGGAGGAGAUCCGUGACUGGGAGAAAGACUGCAUGGUGUGUCGACGACUAAAAGCCCGUGCGGGAGAGCAAAUCAUGGCCCCGUUGCCAGCAAAGCGAUUGUGUGAGCCACUGAGAGCCUUCAGCAGGGUAGCCGUUGACUACGGAGGGCCGUUCGAAACUGUGCAGGGGAGAGGAAAGACUCGCCACAAACGCUAUCUGUGCCUCUUCACGUGUUUGCUGACUCGUGCGGUCCAUUUGGAGAUGGCGUACGCAUUGGAUGCAAAUUCUUUCCUGAACGCCUUUAACCGGAUGGCCAACCGACGAGGUUGUCCAAUGGAGGUUCUGUCGGACAAUGGAGGCAACUUCGUGAAUGCCGACCGCCAGCUACGUGAGCUUGUUGGCCAACUGAACAAUACCACCGUCCGGAAAGCCAUGGCCUGCAGACGCGUGAAAUGGAGUUUCAACCCGCCAUUAGCUCCUCAUUUCGGGGGAGUUCACGAGGCAAUGAUUCGAGCCGCCAAACGAGCUCUACACGCCAUCCUUGGAGACGCAUCUGUGACGGACGAGGAGUUGGUCACCGCUCUCAGCGGAGCAGAGUCCCUCGUCAACUCCAGGCCCAUCACCUACCAAUCGGCUAGUCCGAAGGAUCCAGGGCCGCUAACUCCGAACCAUUUCCUUCAUGGCAUGGCCGAGGGCCAGCUGGUUAUUGCAACAACGGACGAGAAGGGGUGUCAACUGCAGAGACGUUGGAGAUAUGUUCAAAUGCUCAUCGACCAUUUCUGGCAUCGCUGGCUGAAAGAGUUUGUCCCACGGUUGAAUCAGCGGAUGAAGUGGCGACACCAGCGACGCGAUCUGGCCGUUGACGACGUUGUCCUGGUGAUGGAUUCAAGCUCCCCGCGUGGGCGUUGGCCGCUCGGCAGAGUCACGGAAGUUUUCCCUGGUCCGGACGGACAUGUGCGUGUGGUGGCCAUGCAAGUGGGCGGGAAGACUCUGAAGAGAUCCAUCACUCGAGUCUGUCCACUGGAAUGUUAG